CCAUUUUGGGAAAAAAACCUCAGUAGAUAGGGGCGUGGAGCAGCAACCCUACGAGUGUUGUGGAGAAAUAAGCAGUUUGGUGGAAAUAAGAGGCAAAGUCGCGAAUAUAGGUCGUGUUUCACGUGUAUGUGCAAAACAGACGUGAGUAAGAGUCUCUUUCUGUCGGUAAAAUGGGAAACUGCCACACCGUUGGACCAAACGAGGCCCUUGUAGUUUCAGGUGGCUGCUGUGGCUCAGACCAGAAGACGUAUGUUGUUGGAGGCUGGUCAUGGGCCUGGUGGCUCAUCUCUGACAUCCAGAGAAUGUCUCUGGAGGUUAUGACCAUCCUCUGUCGCUGUGAGAAUAUCGAAACCUCGGAGGGCGUGCCCCUGGAUGUGACAGGGGUGGCUCAGGUGAAGGUGAUGACAGAGAAUGAACUGCUGGGCUAUGCCUGCGAACAAUUCCUGGGAAAGACAGUCGUAGAGAUCAAAAGUGUCAUCCUGCAGACUCUCGAGGGUCACCUGCGUGCCAUCCUUGGUACCCUCACUGUUGAGCAGAUUUACCAAGACAGAGACAAAUUUGCUGCCCUGGUGAGAGAGGUGGCCGCACCUGAUGUUGGUCGCAUGGGCAUCGAGAUCCUCAGCUUCACCAUCAAGGAUGUCUAUGAUAAAGUGGAGUACCUGAGCUCACUGGGUAAAACUCAGACAGCUGCUGUGAAGAGGGAUGCAGACAUUGGCGUGGCAGAGGCAGAGAGAGAUGCCGGCAUCAGGGAAGCUGAGUGUAAAAAAGAAAUGAUGGACAUUAAGUUCUUAGCUGACACAAAAAUGGCAGACUCCAAACGAGAGCUGGAAAUGCAGAAAGCUGCCUUCAACCAGGAAGUGAACACGAAGAAAGCAGAGGCUCAGCUGGCAUACGAGCUGCAGGCGGCCAAAGAGCAGCAGAAGAUCCGUCUGGAGGAGAUCGAAAUCGAGGUGGUGCAGAGGAAGAAGCAGAUCACCAUUGAGGAGAAGGAGAUUGAUCGUACUGACAAGGAGCUCAUUGCUACUGUGAAGAGACCUGCUGAGGCUGAAGCCUACAAGAUGCAGCAGCUGGCUGAGGGACAUAAGACAAAGAAGGUGCUCACAGCGCAGGCAGAGGCCGAGAAGAUCCGCUGUGUCGGUGAGGCCGAGGCCUCCUCCAUUGAGGCAGUGGGAAAGGCAGAGGCUGAGAAAAUGAGGCUGAAAGCUGAGGCCUACCAACAGUAUGGAGAGGCUGCCAAGACAGCUCUGGUCCUGGAGGCUCUACCCAAGAUUGCCGGUAAGGUGGCUGCACCUCUGGCCAAGACCAACGAGAUUGUCAUUUUGAGUGGAGAUUCGAGCCGUGUGACUGGAGAGGUGACCCGUUUGUUAGCUGAGCUCCCCGUCUCUGUCAACGCCCUCACUGGAGUGGAUCUGACUAAGAUCCCUCUGCUCCAGAAGAUGACCAACCCACAGUGCCAAACAGCCAUUUGAUGAAUUAAGCCAGAGACUCAUUACUCUGAAUCCGACAUAUAUCUGCCUCAAGCAUGAAAACAGUUUUAUAAGUCUCUGGCCCCCUUAUGCAACUGCCUUCGACCAUGAGUACUUGACACCAACUCAGACAGUUUUUGUGUUUUUCAGAGAUUUUUAAUUUUCUAAAUGAAAACAAGCUGGAGCCUAGCUUCUAAAGGACCAGACUUUAUGUAUCUCUUGUUGUUUUAGUUCUAGUCGAAGACAUAUUGAUUUUUGUCACACUGUUCUAGUUAGCCAGAAUUAAAUGCUGCAAUCCUGUUCAGUCCGACAAGUAAUCCAAAGCAGGGUUUGGACAUUGGCUCUUUUGAAUGCUGUAGUGUUGAAUGUCAUUUAGUGAAGGAAAAAACACCACAGUCUUCAAUUGGAAGUGGGAUCACACCAGCUGUAAGUCCUGCCAACAAGUUAGUGUUCAGACCUAGUAACAAUCAGUAGCUAUUACUAUAUUAUUACUUUCUAAUGAAUCUUUCCACAUACGUCCGUAAAAACCUUGCCAAAGUAUGCAAAAACCACCUCUGUGGUAGUUCCUGUUACAGUGGGGGAGUGUCCACACACACACACAUACACACACACACACACACAGACAAUAAAAGUAGCUGGUGAAUAUUAAGGAGAAAUCAGAAUACUGUAUUCUUCUCCGGACCGGUCCAAAUUUCUGUCUGGAGUGUGGAUGCUCAGCUUCCCGGUCAGUUAACAUGACUCUUCAUUACAUUAGAGUAGAGUUCGACUAAAGUGUGCCAGCUCCUUUCUCUUCAUUAAAGAGUGAUUCAUCUAAUGCUCUGAGUGAAGUGGCUCGGUGCAGACUGAGCACAGGGUGAAGUUGGGUGAAUUUUAUUAUCCGUUUGCUUUUAAAAUAGUUUUCUAUCUUAGACUUACCUCUAACUCAGAGAGACCUUACAACGUCAGAGUUUUGAGUGGUUUGGACGUUCAUGGUCGCGUUGCCUGUGUUCUCGUUCUGAUGUGCAGUGCCUGUUCAUCACUCAAGUGCCCAAACCUUUAGGACAGUGGUUUGGCUUUAGUUGGAUUUCUAUCAGAGUGAAUUCUCCACUGUGUUAUAGACAGAUAUUUAAAUAUUUUUGCUCUCUUUACUCUUUAACAUCUGCUUUUACUAACACGUGCUUACUCUUUACUUUUGUCACGUUCGGACACAAAGGCAGACAGAACAUAUAACACAAAGCCAUACUUUAAAAAGAUUAGCCUUAACAGAGACACACAGGAAGCCUGCCAGGCUAACUGAACAUUUCCCUAUUACCUCAAGUAGCACAUGGUAGAUGCAGGGUCUGAGCUUUAAUCCACUGGUUACUCCUCUCGUACUUUCCUCCCUCAGUCAGAGUCAGUCAUCCUCAGAUGAAGUCACAAUUUACGUUCGCUGACUGUGUACAUAUGUUGUCAUUUUAAAGAAUAACACCCACACUAUGAAGUCAUCUUAUGGCAUAAAAGUGAUGUCUUGUGUCUUGAAAUUUGCCGCUGUGUUUUGCACGUCUGACCACAUCACAUGCAGGAGCUACAGUCAGUGAGAAUAGGGAGAAUCAGCAUGUGUCGAGGUUGCUCACACCACACAGAGCGUUUGUGCUCGUGUGGUUCUGGAUUUGGCGAAUGUAAUGUGAAUGUUUUAUUUGGGAGAAACGGGUGAAACGAGUGACUACUGCUCCACACAAGUAAAGAAUUAACAAUAAUCUUCUUUUCUUCUAAUUACCUUGUCAGUAUCAUAUCAGAUUUAAGAUUUAAAAAAAAAUUCAAUGGUCAGUGUUCCGUGAUCACUUGUGAUGUGUGAUGACAGUGUGAAACAAGUUGUGAGUUUCAGCCUCUAGAUGGCAGCAUCUCAGGAGGAUGUCAAAUCACAUGCGUGUAGAAUGAGCCUUUUGAUGCUGGCUGUUACAAAUAUCAAUUCCAUGUUUUUGUUCCAAUGUGUCUUUUUUAAUUUUACUUUUCUUUUAACGUGUGAAUGUUCAUAAACCACUUGUCAGAGCCUGUGACCUUUUUUAAAUAAUUUGUUUUAAUGUAAUUGACCAUUUUUAGCUAUCAUAAUCGCACCAUUUUCUUUUUUUCUGUGAAAUAAACAUCCAGGCUUUUGGCUUUCUUUGGUCAGAGUCAAAUCUCAUUGAAUGUCUGUUUACAGUCCCCCUCCACAUUCUUGUGUGUGUUUGUGCUGCAACUGUUUUUUUCUACCCGUGACUAGAUAUGGCCAGUAUUUUUCAACACUUGAGGAGUUAUCAUCUAAAAUCAUUACUGACUCAAACCUGACACCUGACCAUGGAUUCAUUUUCCCCAUCUCCUCACACUGUGACGACUCAGUGCAGCCUGGCAGAUUUCUACACUUGUUCACUACACACUUCUCUGCUGAGGCUCUGUGUGUGUAUGAGAGAAACAACUUUAAAACACUGCACAGUAGAUGAGUGACAUGUCUCUGCUUCACUCAAACAUCAACAUGAAACCACACACACACGCAUACCGGAAUGGCUUCACCACUGUCUCGCAGUCCCAUGUUUUAACACUUAAAAACACACAUGGAAGAACCUCAAUUUUAGCAAUGUUACUUUAAUGGAGAAAAGCAUUUUUGUCUUUUUUUUUUAUUUGUAUACACUGUGCCUUUGUUGUGUGGUGUGAAACUCACUAAUACUUUAAUGUGCAGUUUAAUUAUCAAUGAUACAUGUGGAAAUAGUAACGUGCUAUGAAGAAUUUACUGCAGGACGUAGAAUUGACUUGUAGAAUAUGUGAACUUUAUACUUACAUAGUACUUAAACUGUAAGUUUCCCUCUUCUGUUUGUCUUUUAUGUGCUCUGUGACAUUCAGUACUACAGAUGUACAAGGAAACACAUUUGCAUAUAUACAUAUACAUAUACAUAUAUAUAUAUUUAUAUACAGUACAUAGAUGGCAAGUAAAGAUAUAGCCUUUAACAGCUUCCCUCUGCAGAAUGUGGAUCCCUCAACUCAUUCUUGGGUUCUAGUUUUAUGGCCAUUAUAUUAUGUGCCAAAACUACUUUUUCCCUGACUGUCUAAUCACAAUAGUGGCAACUUCCUGUUAGUCCUAGUAGCAUUCGAGAGCGGGGUGUGGAUAAAGUCCAUGCACUUCAGACCUUCACCAUAACUCCAGCCUCCUUUAGUCUACGUCUUCUAUCAUUGACAAACAGUGUGUAAUCUCGUAUUGUGUCAUUAUCGUGUGGCUCACCAUGUGAAACUUUGUAAAACUGACCCGGCAUGACUUUUCAGCAUGUGUUAUUAUGUGUCGUACUGUACCUAGUCAUAUAAUAAAUGCUAUACCACUUCC